AUGAGGCUAGGCAAUGAGAGGCAAGGUGUGGCACGAGACAAGGCACAAGGUGUGACGAUGGGCGUGGUGAGUGACGAGGCGAGUGGUGAGAUGCAAGGCGAGGUUGAAGGUACUACUGAAGGUAUUGCAUUCAUUGAAAACAUUAUGGAACAUAUUGCAAAAGAACUUGGAAAAGAUCCUGUUGAGGUGAAGUUAAAGAACCUGGCCAAAAAUGAAGAAAGAAUUGCUGAUAUUGUCUCUUACUGGAAGACUAAAUCAGAUUAUUCUAAUAGAGUAGUUGCUGUUCAAGACUUUAACAAGGUUGCUCAAGUUUGUGCCUAUGCCCUUGGUAUGGCACUAGAGCUUGUGAGUAUAAAGCCUAGUAAUGUUUUGACAUCUCCUAACAAUAUGGUCACUGGUGGAAGCAUUGCAAGUGAAUCCUGUGCAUAUCUGAAUGUUAUGUAUUCUGGUAUCACAGAUGCCUUAAAGAAUUACUACAUUCAUGGAGUAACUGUGGCUGAAGUGGAAGUUGAUGUGCUAACAGGAGAACACCAGAUACUUCAUGUAGACAUACUGGAAGAUGCUGGAGAAAGCCUAAGCCCAGAGAUUGAUAUAGGUCAAGUAGAAGGAGCCUUUGUGAUGGGUCUUGGCUAUUGGUUAAAGGAAUUCAUGGUUUAUGAUAAUGAUACUGGAAAGGCAUUAACAAACAGAACCUGGAACUACAAACCUCCUGGAGCCAAAGAUAUCCCUAUUGACUUCAGAAUACAACUGAGGAAAAAUGCUCCUAAUCCUGGUGGCGUUCUUCAUUCAAAAGAUCCUCCAGCUACCCCCGAGAAAGUUUUCCUUGCUAGCUUGACAAACUAUAAGCAAUUUGAACUUUAA